UCGAGUUUCAGAGACACAAAUACACACACUUUGGUGUUAAGAGCUGAGAGCUCCGCGCGCGGCUUUGGAGGGAUGAACCCUGAAACGGAUUAUGGGGGCUCUGGCAGCAGCGGGAACGGAAAGCUCCGUCAGUGGUUGAUAGAGCAAGUGGACUGCGGGAAGUACGCCGGUCUGGUGUGGGAGGAUGACGACAAGACCAUUUUCAGAAUACCUUGGAAACACGCGGGGAAACAGGACUACAACCGGGACGAAGAUGCUGCGCUCUUCAAGGCUUGGGCGUUAUUUAAAGGCAAGUUUCGGGAGGGGAUCGACAAGCCGGACCCGCCGACGUGGAAGACGCGCCUGCGCUGCGCGCUGAACAAAAGCAACGACUUCGAGGAGCUCGUGCAGCGGAGCCAGCUCGACAUCUCCGAUCCGUACAAAGUCUACCGCAUCAUUCCCGAGGGCGCCAAGAAAAGACCGAGACAAGAGGACAGUCCUUUGAAUGCAAUGAGCUAUCCUGUGCACCCGUCCUACUCCGGCCUGCAGACUCAGAUGCCAGGGUACAUGACCACUCCAGAUUGUGGCUGGAGGGACUAUUUCCAAGAGCCAGCCUCUCUGCCUGAGCUUCCCUUUGCCCCGUGUCCCUAUCCCCCUCGAAGUCUGACAUGGCAAUCCCCACCCAUGGAGAAUGGGUACCAGUUCAAGGGCUCUUUUUACUCCUACAGCCCAACUGAUACACAGCCCUCUUCCUUCACACUGGACACCAGCAUGAGAUCGGCAGAGGCACUACCAGACUUCCGCCUUCAUGUGUCUGUGUAUUUACGUGACACUCUGGUGAAGGAAGUGACAACCUCCAGUCCUAAGGGUUGCCUCAUUGCUCCAUGUUCCCCAGAAGACAAGCCUUACCCAUCUCUACAGGGGCUUGAGCUGGUACCGCUGCCUCUGGAGAGCUUCUCAGCCCACAGAAGGCCAGAGGAGUGUCCGCCUAGCCCUGCGUCACCCCUCGAGCGGGGCGUUUUACUGUGGAUGACCCACGAUGGACUCUAUGCCAGAAGGUUGUGUCAGGAGAGAGUGUACUGGCAGGCAGGGCUGUCCCCCUAUGGAGACAAACCCAACAAGUUGGAGAGAGAAGUCAACUGUAAACUGCUCAACACACAGGACUAUUUCACAGAAAUACAGGGCUAUGGGGUCCACAGUCGACCACUUCACUGCUUCCAAGUUCUUCUGAGCUUUGGAGAUGAAGGUCUGGAACCCCAAAGACAAAGAAGGAACCUAACUGUCCAGGUAGAGCCUGUGUUUGCAAGGCAGCUGCUGUAUUACACCCAGCAAACGAGCAGCCACUGCUACCGCGGCUAUGAGCACCAUGGGCUCGGGGACCACAUAAGCCCCCCUGAAGAUUACCAGAGGGUCAUCACACACCACCACAGCACAAACCUGCAGGAGUGAUGAUCUUUAUGAGACAGGGGACGCUGACUGUUGAGCAGCAGCUAUGUUGGACAAUGUAAAAACAGAAAGUUGACCUUAAUGUUUGGAUCACACUGACAGAACUCCUCACAGAAAGAUCCGAGAGGCAGUGGAUGGAGCCUGAUAAUCGACAGAGCAUAAACGUAGUGCGUGUAUCAGCAGGGUGAUGAACAAAUUGUGCAACAGCUUUCAAUGUGUUGUGUUUGUGUUUGAGUGCGCGGUUUAAACUAGACAGUCAGUCUUUUUUGGACAAAACUCUGUAUACUUUCCAGUGUAAAGAAUAUUUUCACAUCUGAUGUUGCUAAUGAAACUGACAGCUGUACUGAUUGUACUGGAGGCAAUUGCAUUGUGUAAUUUACAUUAUUAUCUUGACUAUAAAGUUAAA